ACGAGCACAGACCACCCUCUCUCUCUCUCUCUCUCUCUCUCUCUCUCUCUCAAGAAACACACGCGACCCACGCAGCAAGGGAGGAGAAAGAGAAGGAGGGCGGAGGAGGAGGAGGAUGAGAAGAGACACCGGAAACUGACGUCGCCUUCGGCGGGCUGCUAAUAAAAUCCCACCUCGCCCACGCCUCCUGCUCCCUCUCUCUCCUCUCUCCUUCACUCCCUCCCUCUCCACCCGAAUCGCGCGGGGACGGCUCGGGGGAGCGGCGGAAUUCGGGCGGGCGGGGAGGUGGGGGGUGGCCGGGGGAAGUGCAUGUGAGAUCCCGAUGGCUGCUGCAGCGGCUGCCGGCGGCGGCAGCGGAGGGGGAGGUCCGGAAGCAGGAGGCGGAGGCGGAGGCGGCGGCGGCGGCGGAGGAGGAGGAGGGAAGGACGCGCUGUUCGUGGAGCUCUGGAAGGCCUGCGCGGGGCCGCUCUCCAGCGUCCCGCCGCUCGGGGAGAAGGUCUACUACUUACCGCAGGGGCACAUCGAGCAGGUGGAGGCAUCGACGAACCAGCUCGCCGAGCAGCAGGGCACGCCGCUCUACAACCUGCCAUGGAAGAUCCCCUGCAAGCUCAUGAACAUAGAGCUGAAGGCUGAGCCGGAUACUGAUGAGGUGUAUGCCCAGCUCACCCUGCUCCCUGAUAAGAAGCGAGAUGAGAAUACCACUACAACAGUGGAGAGUGGUGACCCAGAGGAGGAGGUGGUGCCUAAUGCGCCGCCAGCCACCAAUGAGCAGCUUCGCAUCCAUUCCUUCUGCAAGACACUGACUGCUUCAGACACAAGCACACAUGGUGGAUUCUCGGUGUUGCGCCGGCAUGCGGAUGAGUGCCUCCCUCCCCUGGAUAUGAGUCAGCAUCCCCCAAAUCAAGAGCUAGUGGCCAAGGACCUGCAUGGGGUUGAGUGGCGCUUUCGUCACAUCUUUCGAGGUCAGCCACGGAGACACCUUCUUCAGAGUGGUUGGAGUGUUUUUGUUAGUGCCAAGCGUCUCGUUGCUGGGGAUGCCUUCAUAUUUCUCAGAGGUGAGAACGGGGAGCUACGUGUUGGAGUUAGGCGGGCAUUGAGGCACCAAACCACUAUCCCAUCUUCAGUCAUUUCAAGCCACAGUAUGCAUCUUGGUGUUCUUGCAACAGCAUGGCAUGCAGUGAACACUGGGAGUAUGUUCACUAUCUACUACAAGCCAAGGACUAGUCCAGCCGAAUUCGUGGUCUCACGUGAUAGGUACUAUGAAUCACUGAAACGAAAUUAUUCAAUAGGGAUGAGAUUCAAGAUGAGAUUUGAAGGCGAAGAGGCAGCAGAGCAGAAAUUCACUGGAACAAUAGUUGGAAUAGGUGCUUCUGAUCCAUCUGGCUGGGCUGACUCGAAAUGGCGUUCCCUUAAGGUGAGAUGGGAUGAAGCUUCUUCCGUUCCUCGUCCGGAAAGAGUUUCUGCUUGGCAAAUAGAACCUGCUGUUAGCCCAUCUCCUGUGAACCCUCUUCCACCCAGAUUCAAGAGGUCUCGUUCAAAUGUUAAUGCUUCGUCACCUAUCAUGCCAAAUGUAACCAGAGAAGUUGCUUCUAAAGUGAUGCCAGACUCUCAACAAAAUAGUCUCCCAAGGGCCAUGCACAGUCAAGGAAGGACACAAUUGAUUGGUCGAUACCGUGAUAGCAGUGAUCUGAAGUCUGCUCAGGAGCACACCAUGUGGUCUAAAGGGAUUGAGCAGGAGAGAAACAAUAUUGGUGCCCAGACAAAGCUAAGUCUGGAGGGUUGGACACAAACAAGAAGAUCUGAAGGUUACAAUCAGCCGUUAUCAGCAUUUCAACCACUGAAAGAUGCGCAGAAUCCACUUUGUUCUUUUCCUAGUCAAAUAUCUGGAAACUGCUCAAGGACCUGGGACACAGUUGAUGCUCAUUAUCCAGUCCAACAAGACAACCACAACAUAUUGCCUGGAACCUGGUCUUUAAUGCCUCAUAACAAUGGUUUUAGGAUGGAUCAACAAAUGGAUCUAUCGAUGUCUGGCGCUCCACAUCCUCAAAGGGCUGAAAUUGCAAAAUUUAGUGGGAAAUCAGCUUUCACCCCUCUUCAGGGCCAUCGCAUUGAUCAGUGCUCCUCAGACUGGUUUGGGCAUAUCAAGCCCCAGCCUUUGGUUAUUGAGAAUGAUGGACAGAAAACCAAAGGCACUUCAUUCAAGCUAUUUGGGUUUCCUCUUGGCAGCCUGGAAAAAUCUGAACCUCUGGUAUCUCCACCAAGUGUCGCAUAUGACGGGAAGCAAACAUCUCCAUCAGAAAGGAAUCCCAAAGCUGGCAUAAUUGAGGUGCACAAGCAAGGCAGUGCCCUCGGCAGGUCGAUUGAUCUGACAAAGUUCACUUGCUAUGAGGAACUGAUUGCUGAACUGGAUCAGAUGUUUGACUUUGAUGGUGAGCUGAGCAGUCCUCAAAAGAACUGGUUGGUCGUCUACACUGACAAUGAAGGUGACAUGAUGCUUGUUGGUGAUGAUCCCUGGAAUGAGUUCUGCAACAUGGUCCACAAGAUCUCCAUCUACACAAGGGAGGAGGUGGAGAAGAUGAACCCAGGCGCCCUGAACUCAAGGUCUGAAGACAGUCUGUCUGACUCGCUGGGGAGAGGGUUGGGUUCCAAGGAGGCUCCAGGUGGGCCAUCCGCUUCGUCCCGCAACUCCGAGAACUACUAAUCUGCCCCGUUGAUGAGGUCUUGUGUGGUGGCAAGGGAGACGUGCCCACAAGCUGGACGGCUUGUAGUGGUUUUGUAGGUGCUUUUGUGUGUAUGGUUCCGGGUAAGCCCCGCAGUACCCAGUUUGUAGGUGGUGCUUGCCCUGGUGUCGGUCUCUAGUACAAGUUUUUCUGGUGUGCCCUGUGUUGGCACUGAGUAAGUUAUUGUAGCAGAGCCGCAGAAAGCAGGCAAACGAACAAACCCCCGUCGCGCUUGCUAAAUAGCCUUUGCUCUGAAGCGUCCUAGUGUGUUGUCGAGUGCGUUAACUGACAUGGCACCUGAAGAAGGCGAGUUCGCUCCUGGUUGUGUGUAUUUUGGCUUGGGUA